AUGCCUGCCGAACGACAACAACGCCCUGGACAUCCGGAUGUCCAGGAGAACAACAGCAGACGAAGGAAGCGCGCUCCAUUGAGCGAAGAGGAAGUUCUGCAAAGACAGAAAACCCUUCAAGACACACAUGCCCGACGUUUUGCACAACAGAUUGGAUUACUUCACCGAAAGAACGCAGCCGGCGUUCCGAUUGAACCCGAAGAUCCUUUUCUGGUGUGGAAAGAUUACCACAUCGAAACAACAUUGCAAGGCGCACAUGUGAACAUCGACCCAAUCGCUCCUCGUCAAGAAGCGAGUCGAAAUAAUGUUCCCGACAUUGAACUCGAUGUGUUCAAAUUAUUCAUUUCGUCAAAAACCUCUGGUCUCGCGGAAAAUUUCGAUCGAUUUGUUAAUUAUUACUAUGUCGGUUACUACUACAAGUGGCUCGUCGAUCAGCGAAGAAAUGAUCCCGCGAACGAUAACGAGCAAAGCGAAGAAGCAAAACAGCAGUUGCGAACACAAAUAUUCAAAGCCAAACUUGAGAAAGAGAAGGGGAUUCUUGCGGGCGGGUCGUCAAAGCGACAAAUCAAAUCGUUCAACCGCUUAUGCACGAAUAUGCAUAUCGCUAUCGACGAAUUUGGUUGGGGCAUUCUUACAUGUCCUGCCCUACUUCGCUCGUCGAAAGGGAAAGCGAUUGAAAAUCUUACCGAGGCUAUCAUCAAUCGAGUCUUGAAGCGUUUUGUAAAACAAGGCGCGCGGCAAGUUUCAACGAUGUACGAUGAAGACGUCCAGAAAUAUGUGGAAAAACGUUUUCGCCUAUUGGAACCGGGAAAAGAUGAACGCCUUGAUAUAACCCCCAAGCAAGUUCGUCUCAAAACUGUCAAGGAGAAAAUGCGGGAGGUUGGGCACGCGCAGGCGAGACAGGAACAAGAUUUGCAGAACGACGAGGAAGAGGAGCAGGAAGAGGAAAACGAAGACGUUGGAGAGGAGGAGGAGCAAAUUGUGGAGGAGGAAUUGGAAUAUGCUUGA